GUUACAUCACUUAACUUCCGCUUCUGGGAAGAACAUGGCGGUAAAUGAGAAUGUAUCGCGUAUUUACGGACAGAGAAAUGAUGAAAUUGUCGAUUUGGACCGUGUGGUGAAUCGAUGGAGUUUGGAUUACUACUUGUUUUCCGCGCAGCAAGCCUUUAGAGAUGGACAGUACGACGACUUCUGUCAGAUUAGGGACAUUAUACAAAAUUUGCUGGCUCGACCUAUCGAGUUCUCAGACGGCGUGAGAAAGAAGCUCCGUGUAAUGCAGUUCCUGUCCCGCAUAAACGAUGGAGACAGACUGGACUGUAUUUUCGACUCUCAGGAAUCCUGCACCCCCCUGGAAUCUGCCUUGUCUGUGUUGGAGUCCAUCGGCCAGGAGACGGAGGUGCCUCAGCAGGAACUGGAGAGAGUCCACAAGUCCAUCUGCCAGAUGAUUGUAGUUCUGUGCCUUAAGAAUGGAGAGUUUGAGAAGGCCAGGGACCGACUCCAUGAAUACUUCCCUGAAGGACUGACAGGAAGGGGUGCCGUCUUCCUGAAUCUGGCGCAGCAGGGGAUCAGCUCACACGACGCCCUCGAGAAGGUCACCUUUCAGCAGUUUAGACAGGACAUGUUGACGUUCUCUGCCAGCCUCUUCCCCAGCUCUGAACCCUUCCUCUUCAAGAUGGCUCGGAAGGUCCAUGCCUUGAGACCCGUGGUGGAGAACGACAAGGUUGCUGAACCGGAACCAGCUCUGGAAUCGGACGGCGUCUCGGUGAGGCCGACGGAGCCGGAGGACAGCGGCACCAUCGCAGGACCCAGCUUCCUGAAGCUCCGCCUCCUGAAGUCCGCCUUCGCACAGCUGGCAGCAGAGCAGGACCUACUUACUACCUUCACCGAGCUGCAGGAGGCGCUAGAGCAGGAGCUACAAGAGGAGAACAGCAUGUGUGCGGGCGCCACCUCCCCGCAGCCCCCCGCUCUGCGUGCGCGACCACCAGGGGGCGCUGGCAGUCCCAGGGAGGGCUCACAGGCGGAGAUGCCUGUGCAGGACCAGCAGAGGCCAUACACUGUGUCCAGGUUGGUUAUGGAGCCCGACAGUCAGCCCAGUGAGUUGGAGUCCUCAGCCAGCCAAGAGGAGGCCUCGGGAGGCCAGGAGAAGCACGUGGCCCGCCAGGAGGAGGCUGCAGCCAGUCCCAGUCCCCAGGGGAGCCCCCUGGCCCCCCACCAUCCCCGCCACAGGAAUCCCGGGAGAGCUGCAUAUAGCAGAUGUUUCCCCGCUGACGAGGAGGACAGUUCGGACAUGUCGGACACUCCGGAAGGCCUGGACGAGAACAGGGUCGCGCAGCGCUCACCGUCCCCAGGGAAACGGUCCAGAGUGCUUGCAGUGGUGGAGGGAACAAAGGCUGAGUGGAGUGAUGAGGAGUCAUUGUUCGGUUCGCCGAUGAGAAUCGGCUCCAGGGACAGCACAUCUGGUGAUGGUUCUGGAGGCCAAAUUUUAAAGAAGAAGUGGACGGUGGAGGAGAGCGAGUGGCUCAAGAAGGGAGUGGCCAAGUAUGGCGAAGGAAACUGGGCCCAGAUACGGAACAGCUUCCCCUUCGUGGGCCGGACCUCAGUCAAUAUCAAGGACAGGUGGAGGACCAUGAGAAAGCUGAAGAUGGUGUGAUCCUCCAAAGGCUCGGAGCCAGACUGAGACUCCCAAGGUUGUGGAGACUGGAGCUGCUCGUGAUUUAGCCAGGAGCUGCGAGGUUUAUUGCUUUUUGCAUAUCACACAUUCAUUUGUUGGUGAGGUUGGUGAUCUUGACAGCUGAGGGCAGCUUCCAGGUGCUACGUGAAAGUGAACCCCCCCCCCCCCCACAGUUCUUUGAGAAAUGCCGACCUUUAAAAGGUUACUGA